CGCCGAGCUUGCAGCAUUCCUGCACUCGAUGCACUUCGAAGAGCGCGAAGGAGGGAGGUGGCCACGUAGCGCCGAAAUCAGUCGCAGCUGUUGAAGCGGCGCUCUCGUGCGCCCCUUUUUUUAGUCGACGCCGUAAACGAAUGCCAUCGCUAUGGUCCAUCGCGGCAGCCGUGACCCACUCGGUGAAAUGAGCUACUUGCCGCCAUGCGCGCCCCUGCCUGCAAACACUGAUGGUGGCGGCGCCACGGGGUUUGUUCGUGAACCAGCGAUGCCAUGAUCGCCCUUGGCGGAACGGGAGCCUGCUACCUCUUCAGACACAGAAAGAACUGCGGGCAACUUGCCUAUGAAUGUUUUUCCAAGGCUCGCUCCGUUUACUCGCAUCCGAAAAACAUCCGGAAAACAGCGCCUUUGACGUCGACGCCGCCACCCGGCGAUGUUGCAGGAUGGUGGCGCCAUCUAGGAGAAACGUUUAGAAAUGUGCGACAACUGCAAGCCCAGGGUCCUCUGACGAGGGAGCGUUCACUAUGCGGCGGGUCUGGUUUCGAUCGCCGCAUCGGUUCCCAUUCAUUGAUACAACGUGAACGGCAGCAGAAUGAAAGUCCAGGACACGAACACCAAACACGAGGGAGACCUUCGGAGGCACGAGUCCCGGCGGGGCACGGCCGUGCGACCUCGCUCGUGGAACGUGGCAUCGGCGGCGGCUUUGGUUCCCGGCUGCUGCCGCUGCAGAGCGGCGGGUUCUCCGCGCAAGACCGCGGGCCUCGGAGCGCGCCCCGGACCGUGCCUGGUUUGAGCCGGAGCUCGCUCUCGCCGCCAGCGUUCCAGAGGGGCAGGUCACGGCACACUGGCUGGGGAACAGGACAUUCAAGACGUACCGGUAGAUAUGGCCGUCUACAAGGAGGUUGUUGUUAUAGGCAAUGGGCCAUCGGGCAUCACCAUGUCAUACUUCCUAGCUGGUAAUUGGCCAUACUACGCACCUGGUGCCUGUCACCCAAACCCGUACCUACAUGCAAGGCUUGAAAAUAAUCGAAGUCUUUCCCUUGUUGAACAGGACCUCUCAUUGCUGAGCUCGGGCCUUGAGGGACGCUCGUGCAACCCAGUGUCAUUACUCCUGGACACCUUGUGCCAUCCAGAUGCUGACCUUGGCUCUGAUGAGCCUUCUGCUCUGAGUUGGGUUCACAAUCCAUCCAGGGUGCUAGACCAUGUUGUCAUUGGCAAUGGUCUACCAGGAGGCAGUUGGCAGAGGAUGGAUGGUGGGAUCCUUACCAUAAGCCUUGGUUCUUGGAUGGAGCUGCCAGACCUGACUUUCAAGGAGUGGGACUCAUCAAAGCCACAGUCGCCGCAAGGCUCCCCCAACUGCCAAAACCGUGUGUCAGUGCAGCGAGUGGCCCAGUACUACCGGGACUAUGUCAACCUCAAGCAUCUGCAGCGUUACUUUCGGAACUUUGCCUCUGUGCAGUCUGUGCGGCCUUGCAACUCCGAGGAUGACCCGGAAGGGGGCCACUUGUGGGAAGUUAAAGGUGUAGACAAACAGACUGGGACCUCUUUCUGCUAUGUCACACCACAUGUUGUGCUAGCAGCCGGUCAUUACGAUGCACCAAGGCGGCUUGGCAUUCCAGGAGAGGACCUGCCUUUUGUGUCCCAUGAUUUGGGACAGCUGGAAGUUCUGCUGCGUGACACCAAGAGUUCCAUCAAGAAAUUGGCUGUUGUAGGCAGCGGGCUGUCAGCUGCAGAUGCUGUGAUCGCAGCACGUUUCCAUGGUGUAGAUGUUUGUCAUGUGUUUCGCAAAAGGGUGGAUGAUCCUGAUCUUGUGUUUAACCAGCUGCCACGAUCUAUGUAUCCAGAGUACCAUAAGGUACACCAGAUGAUGUCCUCAGCUGAGCAUUACCCAGGCUACAAAGCAUAUGCCCAUUGCCAGGUACGCUGCAUCCAUAGUGAUGGCCGCAUGGAACUAGAUUCAGACAGAGAAAUUCGAGAUGUCUCCCAUGUGUUGGUGCUCAUCGGAUCCCACCCAAACCUUGACUUUCUGCCUUUGGAAGGCACACAGCUAGGCCUGGUAGCAGGGCUACCGGUUGAUUGCAGGGCUAACCCAAUUCAAAUUCACCCCCACACUCAUGAAACUGAAGCUCUCAAAGGCAUCUAUGCUCUUGGGCCUCUUGUUGGGGACAACUUUGUACGAUUUCUCCAAGGCGGUGCUCUAGCUGUGACAGCACACAUUUGGAGGAGUGUGGGUGGCACCUAAGCCUCUCUGGCCAACAGAAGGUACGGGAACAAGGCCUCCAAAGCUACAAAAAUACUGUCAGCUGAGCUGUAUAGCAAGAAUGUCUCACGUGUCACUACAUGUUGUGUGUGACCAUGUUAAUGGGCCCAUUACCAUGGGGAACCUCUGCCCUGACAGGCAUUGUAGCCAAGUCAUGGUACAAAAUGGUAUCUGACCAAUGCAGGAACUAGUCUGUAUUUUUUAUCUAUAUGGUAGGUUUACUGCUGUUUUUCGGCAGUGUUUGCUGUGAGACCACUGGUGAAUUCAUUUUUCACUCUUGUGCUUACCAUUUCAGUUAAGUAGCCCAGUCGAUGUGUUUUUUUAUAUAUAUAGAAACAUAUUUGAAAUUUGAUGAAAUAGGUGUAUGUACCAUUUGUCAUUGUAGCAGUACUAUGUUGUCAAUUCAGGUUUAUGCUUGCACUCUGAUGCAGAUCUGAUGAAAUCUGGAUUGCAAUGGUCAUGACAGUGAUACCACCAUGAUAGACAAGAUUAUUCCAGUUCACUGUUUGUUGUUUGUUAUCAUUUCUGUGUUUAUUUAUUUUUCAUCCGUAUUGUUUUUAUAUACAGAUGCACGUUGAAAUUUGCUAAACUCUAAAAACAUCUUUUUUGAAAGGUGUUCAUGAAUGUGCAUUCUUGGAUAUAUGACUGGUCUUGUAGUUGUGCAACAUAUAGCUGCACUGUGCAUUUUCAUUGUUCACUGCAAGAUCAUGUACAUUUGUCAUAGGUAAUGCUGCAAAUUCUGCACCUACAUAUAUGUGUUGCAUGGAUGCAUGCAAGAGGCAAUCUGCUAACAGUGCCACUUAUAAGCCAGUGCUCAUUUUUUAUUGUAGUUUCACAAGAAAUGCUGAAUGAAUAUAAGUGUGCAUGUAUCAGUGCUUGUGGAGCUGCCACUGGCAAGUUGAGCAGCUUCUUUUGUGUGUGUGUGUAUGUGCAUGCAUGUGUGUGUGUGUGCAUGCAUGUGUGUGUACAUGCAUGCAUAUUUGUGCAGUGAGUCAUGUUGAGAAUUAUAUACAUAUAAUUAUAUGAAGUCUACCAUUCCCUAUGGGUGCUUUGUACUUGUAAAUUGAAUUCGUUCUCUGCAGAAAGAAAAGGAUUUGCCAUUUACAUAGAAGCUACAUUGAAUAACUUUAUUGAAGGUUGUAAUUGCUCUCAAGCUUCUGGACUCUAGAGUUUGUCUGAUCUGCUCAAGAUAUAGGAUAUAGUUGCACUACAUUAUGACAAUUGUAAGAUCACUUGUACAUUGCUGUAACACUUUCCUGGUCAAAUUUCUGUACCUUUAAGCUAAUAAGCAGUGUUAAAGAACUGCAUAGCUUUAACGAAAACUGUGAUAUGAACUUAUAGCAUAAUUUUUAUAGUGCUUGAGUCUGUUAGGAACUGUAUACCAUUUAGUUGUACUGCCUUUGACUUUUAAGUGGCAGCGAUGGGGGUGACGUGCUGCACAGGCAUCACUAUGCAGAGCAAAAUAUUUUCAGGUCCCGAUUGUCCACAGCUGUGACGCAAACAAUGUAGUAAUUAAUGUAGGUUCAUGUAGAGCUCAUUUAUACCUGAAACCAUUUUAUAAGUUUCUUUUUUUUAAGGAACCACCCUUAUAUUAUCUGUAUAAAACUGUGCAGAUAAAGACAUUUAAAUUAGCUAAAAGGCUCAAUUGAAUACACUUGAACAUAGAUUCAACUUAGUUGUGCUUGCAGCUGCAGCUGAGAAUGUCGUUAAAUCAUGAACUUAGUUAAAUCAGUGCUUCAGUGUCUUAGCACUCCUGCAGACCAUGUUCUGAAUGAGCUCCAAUAGAAAUUCAGGCAAUGAAUUUCAGACAUGGCUAAAAUGCUCACGCUGUCAUUUUGUGUAGUCAUGAGUGCACUACUUGAUAUUUAUAGGACAGGCAUGUGCACUUGAGCUGCAAAGUUUAUAUAACCUAAAGCAGUCGCCGUCGUGCAAAAAUUUUUCCGCCAAUUUUUGUGGUGCAACACAGAGAAUUUUGCUCGUGAAAACAUACUGUACACAAAAGCAUGAUUCAUGCAUUUGUUUAGCAUGUGUAAUGCCGUAGUUAGUGCACUAAUCGCCACUCGUCAGAAAAUGGCUUUGCGACAGAAAUAAACUAUUGUAGGUAUGAAGUUAACUUAUUUUGUGUCUCAAAAAGAAGUUGCAACCAAUUAUCAUUUAUGACGGAUAGGAAAGUUUUCCUUCCUUAUUUUAUUCUAGCAAAUACCCCCCCCCCCCCCCCUCAUCCCCCCUUUAUUUCAUUGAGACACUGGUAACUUAGCCCAACUUAACACACUUGGGCUUGGUGGGCUUAUCAAUAUAUUGCUUAACCUUGUAGGGUUGCUGGUAAGCCCACAGAUCUCAAGAGGCAGUCUUUCUGCAUUUCUUUCUUCUUUUAUCUAUCUUUCUUUUAGCACCGAUAAAAUAACAUAUACUCAUGCCAUUUUAUGGGAAUUGUGUGCAAAAGUGUGUCCUAUGUUGUGGGAGUGGAAUCACUAUUGCAUCAGCUACACAGGUUGACUAGAUGCAGCUGCCAUGAGUGCGCAGAUGCCUGCAGCCAUUCCUGUUUGCAUGUUCCCGAGUAUCCUCGUGGUUCCAAAUGCAGUACGCUGAGCAUGAGUGCUGACAAUAUGCCAGGUUAACAGAUGACAUACAGCAUCAGAUAUUCUGCUACUUUGUUGUCCUCGUCUUCCUUCAGAUAACACUCGGAGGUGUCUGAUGUGCAUAACCAGAGCGUGAAAAUUUCUGAAAUUGAGACUGCACAGCAAAAUUGCUUUCGCAAUUGAAGAAAAAAUAAUAUGCAGUGUUCAUGAAAAUGCAACUUAAGAAAUUAUUUUUUUUUUCAUUGCAGCUUUUAUUACGUCGGGCCUCUGUAGGAAGUACACUACAAGAAGUGUUUAGUUUUGCAUUUUCGCCUUUUCUCAAAAAGCUCGCACUUCAUUUUUUGUCAUGUUGGAGUGUUAUGUGCGAAUGUCGGCAUGAACAAGUAACCACAGAAAUCCAUGGAACAUCCAGCAAGACUAAAUUUAUUUAUAGAACAAGGCAUACAUAGUAUGUACAACGAAUAUUCAUUAAUAGAUAGCCAUGCUAGGUGUCUGAUGGGUAUGUGCCAUAGAUAAAUAAAUGCCUAUUUAAGUAUUUGUUCUUGUAUAUCUAAAUAUAAGCUGCACCAAUGUUUCAUCCAUGUAAUUUGCAAAUGAAACAUAACAUGUCAGGAGCAUACUUCUGUCUCCUACUUUGACACACACAAGUUUUGCUGUCUACUCAGCCAUUGAGGUAGACAUCGCAAAAACAGUGUCACAUUCAUUCAACUAAAAAUAUCUAAUAAGGAUUGUAACAUAAAUAGCAUGAAUGUUCUGAAAUAAGACAACUUUAUAGUCUCAUACACUCAACCACAUAGUUUCUUUUCUUGCGACUGACAAAAUUCACUAUUAAAUCUUCACUCAUUUGUUUUGAAACAAUGGUGCUAGUAUGUGCCGACAUAUUAGUGUGUGAAGGUGCUCUCAACUGGUUGACUGGAUGCAUGAGAUGCUUCAGCAAAAUUACAGCACUUGAAUGCAAACUGUCUGAUAUCUGUAUUCUGUGGAAUGCCAACUAAAGUCAAUCGCAAAAAAAAGUAUGCCUUUGUUUUUCCAAAAUGAAAUAUCCAAUUUGAAUGUUCGACGGAUGUUAAGCAGAAAUUCAAUGAUACCCUCAGCAUAUUGGUGACACUGUUGAAGCUUGGGCAAGUUGCUGCAAAAUACGUUUUUCAACAGCGCAAAGGACAAAGACAAGACGAGCGCACAUACAUAACGCUGUGUAUGUGCGCUCGUCUCGUCCUUGUCCUUUGCGCUGUUGAAAAAGAAUAUUGGUGAAUGUCCACUACUUGUCCAAUGGGUAUCUGUUGUUACCUAUGUAGCUGUCGUUCAUGCAGUGUGGCUUCAUACUGUGUUUGUGGUGUAACACCUGACCAUCUUUUGGGAAACAGUGUUUGAUGGCUGCAUUAUAGAAAUGUUACCAUAAUAUGUGUAGGUGUAUAAUUUUCAUGUCAGUUGCAUAAAUACAAAGCCCUAAAGUACUACUAACACACACCUACAGGCAUACAUUUCUAGGGGUCUUGCAUUGCCUACAGCAAAGCCAGUAACAGCGCUGCUUCCUCCGAUCACGGAAGUGCGAAAAUAUGUAUUUACGACUGUUGCACGAGGCAUCGCAGGCUUGAGAUUCCAUUCCUGUGCAACACUGGCCAUGGUUACCAUAAAAAGGCCAACAAUUGAACAAUUAGUAACUUCAUGCAAAUUGUGCUUGUUUGUGUUGUAAUGUGAUUAUAAAUAUCAGUACUAGGCUGAUUGAUAAGAGUAACCUAACAAAUUAUUUUGCAACCAUAAGGACAUUUGUAUUACUCUCCCCUAACAUCAUUUAGAAGUGAAUCCAGUAUAUAUGAUGUUUGUGUGCAUUAGUAUUAAAUUGUGCAAAAGAAAAAUAAAUUCAGACAUUUAGCAAGCUUG